UUCAAAUUUCAAUACUGAAGUAACGAACAUAAAACACGUUUCUCUCUGACUCUCUUCCUCUCGCUCUUUCUCCUUUCAUCCAGCGCUCGCCGCCGUUCUACAUGGAGGUUCAUCGCCGACCCACCACCGGAAAACCCAUUCAGACCCUUAAACUAAAAGUGGUGGAGGAUGAGAGUGUUCAAAAAGCCGCCUCCGAGGCAUUGCCGCUAUCUCUCUACCUAACGAAUGCCUUCUCCUUCAGCGUAUUCUUUUGGGUUGUUUAUUUUCUGCUAAGCCGUUGGCGUGAGAAGAUUCGCACUUCCACACCUCUCCAUGUCGUUUCCCUGUCCGAAAUUUCUGCUAUUGUUGCGUUUAUUGCCUCCUUUGUUUAUCUUCUCGGCUUCUUCGGUAUUGACUUUGUCCAGUCCCUCAUUUUACGCCCUCCUACUGAUGUAUGGGCUGCCGACGAUGAUGAUGAGGUUGAGGAGACAGCGGCGGAAGGGAUUCUUCUUAAGGAAGAUUCAAGCAAAUUGCCAUGUGGGCAAGGUCUCGAUUGCUCUUUGCCGCUGCCGAUUGCUUCCAAACCAGCGGUUCCAUCUCCAAAGGCGAAAGUGUUUGAUGAAAUUCCUGUUCCAAUAACAACCUCUUUAGGUAAAGAAGAUGAGGAUUUGAUCAAUUCUGUUGUUUCUGGAACUAUUCCUUCUUAUUCCCUUGAGUCUAAAUUAGGGGACUGCAAGCGCGCUGCUGCAAUCAGGCGAGAGGCUUUGCAGAGAAUAACUGGAAAAUCUCUUUCUGGUUUACCGUUGGAGGGAUUUGAUUACGAGUCAAUUUUAGGUCAGUGUUGCGAGAUGCCAAUUGGGUAUGUCCAAAUUCCAGUAGGAAUUGCUGGGCCCUUGUUACUUGACGGAAAGGAAUACUCAGUUCCUAUGGCUACAACUGAAGGGUGCUUAGUGGCCAGUACUAACAGGGGUUGCAAAGCCAUUCACUUAUCAGGUGGAGCCAUAAGCGUACUAUUGAAAGAUGGGAUGACCAGAGCACCUGUUGUUAGAUUUGGGACUGCAAAAAGAGCUGCCCAGUUGAAAUUAUACUUAGAAGAUCAGGCCAAUUUUGAGGCUGUUUCCACUGCUUUUAACAAAUCUAGCAGAUUUGGUAGGCUUCAAACUAUCAAGUGUGCUAUUGCUGGAAAGAACCUUUAUUUAAGAUUUUGCUGUAGCACUGGUGAUGCUAUGGGUAUGAAUAUGGUCUCUAAAGGUGUCCAAAAUGUAUUGGAUUUCCUCCAGAACGAUUUCCCUGACAUGGAUAUCAUUGGCAUUUCUGGUAACUUCUGUUCGGAUAAGAAGCCAGCAGCUGUGAACUGGAUUGAAGGAAGGGGCAAGUCAGUAGUGUGUGAGGCCAUUAUAAAGGGUGAUGUGGUGAAGAAAGUGUUGAAGACGAAUGUGGAGGCAUUGGUGGAGCUUAACAUGCUGAAGAACCUCACUGGUUCUGCAAUGGCUGGAGCUUUAGGUGGUUUCAACGCUCAUGCUAGUAACAUUGUGACCGCUAUCUACAUAGCCACUGGUCAAGAUCCUGCACAGAAUGUAGAGAGUUCACAUUGUAUUACCAUGAUGGAAGCUGUUAACGAUGGACAGGAUCUUCAUGUCUCUGUCACUAUGCCUUCUAUUGAGGUUGGCACGGUGGGAGGUGGAACGCAGCUUACAUCUCAGUCAGCGUGCUUGAACCUACUUGGGGUGAAGGGUGCGAGCAAAGAGAUGCCAGGAGCUAAUUCAAGGCUUUUAGCCUCCAUAGUUGCUGGCUCUGUUCUGGCCGGAGAGUUGUCUCUGAUGUCUGCUCUUGCUGCUGGUCAACUUGUUAAGAGCCACAUGAAGUACAAUAGAGCCAACAACAAAGAUGAUGUUUCCAAGCCUUCUUCCUAAGAAGAACCAAAAAGGAAAUAAUAACCUACAUUAGUAGAAGAAACCAUUACCGUUUGUAUACUCCCUUUGCACUUAACUUUCUUUUUUUUUUUUUUUUUUUUUUUU